AUGUUUCUUACGCGAUUUGUCGGGAGGAGGUUCUUGGCGGCUGCAUCCACGAGAUCGGAGUCCACUGCUGCAGCAGCUGGCUCGGCGGUUCGGACUGCCACAAACCCUCUCGAAGAGUUCUUUGAAGUUGACCGAAGCCAGGAUGAAGAUAAACCUGUUGUCUACGGUCGAGCUUGGAAAGCUUCAGAACUGCGCCUCAAGUCAUGGGAUGAUCUUCACAAGCUUUGGUACGUUCUGCUGAAGGAGAAAAACGUGUUGAUGACUCAGCGUCAGAUGCUUCAAGCCCAGAACAUGAUGUUUCCAAACCCUGAACGCAUUCAUAAGGUGAGGAGAUCAAUGUGCCGCAUAAAGCAUGUGCUGACAGAGAGGGCGAUUGACGAACCGGAUCCCAGAAGAUCAGCCGUGAUGAAGAGAAUGGUGAAUGGCAUGUGA